UGCAAUGUUUCCGUCUUCUGAGAAACGCAGAAAUAAAAAAAGGCCUCGGUGUCAGCAUUUUACAGAGAAGAGCCGUUUUAAAAACUGAAAAAGGGAUAAUUGCGCAACGAGAGAAAAGGGAAAUAAUUGAAUCUGCUGCUGUAUACCCACUUUAUAAGUAUAUAUAAUAUGUUAUAUAGCAUGUGGUCUAUCUAGGUUCAUUGUAUUCGUUGUUUAUUUUUUUUUAUCGAAUCUGCAUUUUGGCGCACAGGCUUUUUUAUUUCUGCAACUUUCUCGCAAACUUUCGACUCAUUUGUUUUCGUUUCCCGGAAAUACUAUCAUCAGUUUAACUUCACUUUUAAAAAACGAUUUAAUAUGAUAUAUUUGACAUUUCAACCAAAACCAAAGUGUGGUUCAGCCUCGGUUUAAAAACUGGAUUAAAGGGCAUUUGAAAAAGAGGCCUGAGUGAAUAGAGGAACUAAUAUUUCUACUAAUCUCUCUCUAGUUUCGUUUCUGAGGCAUAAUGUUUAUGUUGACGCCACUGAUGCUUUUUAGACACGGUUGAUUUUGUGAUUUAAAAAAAGAGCCAGUGCAACAAAACCUUGAAUUUAAUCAUCUCUUGUGUGCUGAUCUAUUUUGCUGCUGCGUGAUACCCUUUACUUUUCAGACAGUUCUUCUGUUGGACUGUGUCGCAGCAGAUUGUGUGUUCGAGUUUAUUUUUAAGUAUAAUUUAUAGCUGCAAACGGGAGCACUUGUCAGGUGUCGUUAUCUGAACUCUGCAGGCUUCCUGUCUCAAACCUCAGACUUUCCGCGCACAUUUCCGUUCCCUGGACAAAAAAAAAAAAGAAAAAAAAAAAGUCAAACAAAAAGUCAAACAAAGCCCCGGCCGAGAGAAACGAGGUGGACAAUGUGUUGAGACUGGACGAUGUGCUGAGCGAGUGGAGGAGGAGAACCGGGCCUGUGGCCGGGAGGCCUGCCGGGCUGCUGCAGGAGCUGAGCGCAGCAGCUGCAGCAGCUCAGGCCUUUGCAAAAUCAGCUCGACUGAACUUUUACUUCUGCUUUCUGCCACUUGCCUCAGACAUGGCGAGGGCAGAAGCAGCAGCCUUUUGCACAACUUGUUAUUGGAUAAGCUGUUGUUGUUUUGAGCUACGUUUGGGGGUUUCAAUCCACCGUUAGGAGCCUGUAGGCCUCAUCACAGCAAACUGAAGAUUGCCCAGUUCCUUGAAAAAAGCAAAGGCUAUAUGAAGAUGGUGGAUUAAUCAUAAAAACUGUAGAUUCCUCCACAAUAAAACCAUCAUUACAGCCUUAUAGACUCUUCACACUUCUCAGUUGCUGUCUUUUUUGGACCAAAUGGUGAGAAAGUUAUAAGUAAAUUUACUGAUGAUGAAUAAAGGAGUUAGCUGCAGCCCUAACUGCACCAUAUCUUGUAUUAAUAUCAAAAUAAUAGUUAUAUUGCAGAAGGUAUCAUGAGGCCACGUCAUAAAAUAGAAAUCUAAAUGAUAUAGUCCAUAUAUACUUAUGUAGGGACAUGAAGGCCGGAAUACAUUGAGGCCAAUAUAAAUAUCAAUAUAAUGGUUCAGCAUUGAAGAAGCACAGUGAGAAGAUAUACAUCAUAAUUGAUUGACCUCAGAUUUAUUACAAUUUUGUCAUUCUCUGCUCCUUAAGAAGAGUUUAAAACCAUAACCUUCCCCCAGGAGCAAAAAUCUAAACCUUUAAACUCAUAUAGACCCACAACAGAAGCUAAUGUAAACUCCUGUGUGGACAUUGCUUUUAAAAGUCUCUAUGCAGUUUAGAAAUCGGACAUUUAUCCUCCAUAAAAAGCAAAGAAACAAGCAACACAACACAAAUGAAACCAGCUGCACUGAACCUCACUGGAGGUGUCAGGACCGAAAUAGGUCACAGACCAGCUUCUUUAAAUAAGAACAUUCAGUUAUGUCUCCAAAAAUGGACAAGCGACGUCUCUGCUGCCUGCAAAGAUCUUUUAAGUAUAAUUCUUUAGAUAUAAAUGCUAUUAUUGCUACCUGAAGGGAUGGAGCUGUUAACCACAUCCUUGGUUUCAAUGUAGGGCAUUAGCUCUGAACUUUUCUGUUUGUAAUCAACCAAGCGGUUAAUUUAAAAAAAGAUACAUCUUUAUUCUACAAAGUAGGUGAAUGGUUUUAAAGGUGUAGAGAUUUAAAAAAUGAUCCUUUAAGUCACAAUAAAAGAUUAGAUCAUCUCAAAAAACGAAAGCUUCUCAAUCUAAAUAUAUAUUUUUCUGCUUUUCAAUUCAAAAUUGCUCACAAAAAAACCUUAUUUUUUCUUUUCACUGCAUUCACAUGGAUUUUCACAGUUGUUUACAGACAAACUGGUUAAACUGACAAAAGAAUCCAUAGAUAAAUCAAUAGUGAAAUGUCACCAAAUAGAGCAUGUGACUCCACCAAGGCCGAACAAACACUUAAUUACAAAUAAUGCUUGUGUUAUUCUGCUAACAGGUGAAAACAUAACUUCCCUUGACGGAUAAUAAUCAUAAGUCACCAGAUGUUGUUCGGCUUCGGAGAAAAAACCAACGGUUUAUUAUUGAUGAAUGGGAGUGAACAUUUAACAUUGAAUUAAAUCCACCCAGUCUCUCAGGAUGCUCCACCCACUUUUAGUGAAAAAUCCUCUGGCUUUAAACAUUUGAGAGGUACCCCCCCCCCCCCCCCCACAUAUCUGAUUCAUAUCAUGACAUAAUCAGGGCUGGAUCUUUUCAUAUAGAGCGAGACCAAUGCCAAUAUUAGGGAGUAAAAGAUUCCCAAUACGAAGCCACAGCAUUUACAAUUUUUAACUUGGCAAUUUUUCCAAAGUUGUUAUCAAAACCCUUAUGUCAAAGAAAUGUAAGUGAGGCUUGAUAUUUUACAGUUUAAUCAUAAACUUUAUUAUAUUAAAAAACUAUAAGAAAACACAAGUACAACCGGACAUAGAGAGAAUAAAAGUAAAAUGUAAACAUGAAUACAGAUCUUAUCAGCCAACCAACAGAUCAAAUUGAGAGAUGGACUAACUCAUUAUUGACUCUGGUCUUUACAAGAGAUUUGUCGAUUGGAUUUUUUGACAGUGUGAAAAAUAUUAAAUAUCAACAACAUUAGUCUUUAAAACACUUCUGCAUCGUUUACUCAGUCAACUGAAAGUUUUCAUACAAGCAAACAUAAACACAGAGACCGAUGUGUCCGAGAAAGGCUCAUAUCAGCCGAGCUGAACUUCUAGGGUUAGGCAACCGAAGUUGAACAUGUUGUUCUUUGAUUUACUUUUUUUCCUCGUGAAGCUAAAACCUAAAAAGAAGUAAGAACCUCACUGUCGUAAACAAGCUCUUCGUUUGAGCAAGACGAGCCUGAUGCAACCCGCAGAGCUGCUGACUUGUAGCCACGACAGAAGUUUCCACACAGGACGCUUCGGGUCGGCGCUCUCGCUGCGACAGAAAACUUUCAACGAUGUUUAACUUUCAAACCCAACAGAACCAGGUUGUACAGCUCAGGACCUCGAGGCCCCAUCGGACCCGAGGAGGGUUUUCAAAGAGGUGUUUUGUGUCCCUGAGCAACGGGGCUGAAACAUUCUGAACAGGAAGUCAGUUGUGGCAUCAGCGGUCAGGCCACACUUCGGUAUAUUUCUAUCGGUGUGCAGAAAAGAGAGAGAGAGAGGGAGGGGGCAGAUAAAGAAAGAGCGGGAGUGUGAGUUUGUGGUUGUGAAAGCUGAAUGUGCUGAAAGCUGAAUGUGACGAGCGGCCGUGAGUCACGAUCUUAUCAACAGUUCCAGAAAAAGAGAAAUCUAUUGUCAGAAAAUCAUCUUUAAUCUAACGUCUUACACUCGACCCCAAGAAAUACCUGUUUUUAAAUAGAUAAGUUAUAUAUAUUCGCCUUAAACUUUGCACUUCAUUUCUGGAUGGUGUGAUGACAUGUCGUCCAUCUUUAUUUCCAGUCUAGAUGACCCCCCCCCCCCCCCCCACACACCUCAUUUGAAGUCCUUAAUUCACAACAUGAAAUUUUAUCUUCAUAUUGAUUUACAGUAUUUAAAAAAGGACAAAUCCACUGAUUCUACACAUCAAACUCUGUUAAGAGCAUGUGUGGACAAAAAAAAGUCAUUGACUCCAGAGGGAAGCUGUGUGACGUGUGUGAUUAACUGCCUCCAAUGAUGUUGUACUACAGAGCUGUGGACAAUCGAGUUGCAUUGUGGGUAAUGUAGGCGCCACGUUUUGAGUGACAUAUUUACAUUUACAAUUACAUAAAAUUCUGAGACUUCAUAGGAGCUCAAAGUUAAAUCUUGUAAUACAGGACGUUAUUUUCACUCGUGUUUUUAUUUGUUGGUUGGUUUGAACGGAUUUCCACGACACUUGGCGGAAGGAUGUUGGGUCAAGAGAAACACCCAUUAAAGUUUGAUGCGGAUCCAGAUCAGGGGGCGGACCCAGGAUCUUUAUUACCACUUUCUUUAAUAUUGUAAGAUGGGGCCUUUUUCCAAGGGUAAUAGUUAUUGUUAUCUAUAAGUGAAUUAAAGGGACUGUUGGGCUACUGAGUGCGGUUCCAUUAUCUCUGUCCUUAAAUAUUGAGUAACCUUUCUCGGGUUUCAUUCAUUUGAUACAAAAUCUUACUUUAAAAAAAGUUUUAAAUGAAAGCCUUUUGCCUGCGCUUACUUAGGAAGAAGGCGUAUGUGAAACAAAGGUUUCUGAAAUACCUCAUGCACGUCUGUAUCAGUGUCUGCAGCCUCACGGAAAUGCCAAACUGUGUGGCAUGCAUCAAGACGCGGUUAACAAUGCCGAGGCAACAAUUGAGCUAAAAACAACACAUAGGAAAACAGAAGAGACGAAAACAAUGCAACGGCGGCACUUCAAUCAGGGCUGCGCUCUCCGUGCUGUCCGAUGAACCCGACCCCCUCUCCACAGGCCCUCAGUGUUGUUUUCCAGCUUUAAAAAUGACCCACAUUUUCACAUUGUGCCCCCUCCUCCACCAUUUCCUCUCUCUCGGCCUGUGCCAAAAGGUUCCUCUGCACAUGGCGGCCAGGUUUCCUGUAGGCCACUGACAAAGCACGGCGCUGACGUGCGAGGCCUGAAGACAAUGCUCAACUCUUCUAAACAAACACGCUCUUGCUCGGGCGGGCCGUGGUCGCGUCGCACGUGCACGCGCCUAAUGCGAGCAGCAGACGUGAACAACAGGUCGGGUGUUUUUCCUCGCUAGUGCACGAGAUGAAAGUGCCAUUUCGAAGGUGCCGAACACAGGAAGACGGACUGAAAUCUCGAUUACACCCCUCCCCCUCCCGCAACCCCGAUCCUAACGACAAAUAAAGCUGUGGUUAACGUGGCUGAUGUGUUUUUGAAGAGUGUGCCGCCUCCUGACUGCCUUCACACCAUUUCUAAACAUUUCUACUUGCCUUGAGUGUUUAGACAAAAACAUAAGAACAAAGUUUUGGUCAACUACAGGGGAAACACCACUGAAAUCUAACAUUGUAAUGGAUGUGGAGGAGAAAAGUGAACAAGAAAUGAUCCAAACUCAAAGUGUGUCUGUUUGAGUAAAGAGCUGAAUUCAAGGACACUGCUAAAAAGAUGAAGCUCUGUCCGUGGUGAGCGAGGACCAGCCCAUGUUUGAGCCGCCCUACCCAGCAGCCCCGGCCAUGCACAUGAAGGUCGAGAUGACGUCACCAGGAGUUUACGGCCAGGCCUCCAAGCAGAGCCCCGAGGCCGCCGAGCCGGAGUGGGUGGGGUCAGCGGCGCAGAACCCUGGGAAAAGAGGCGAACACGUCAACGGGACCAGCCGUGAGUCCCCGGUGGACUGCAGCGUCACCAAGCGCUCCAGACACAUGAGCAGCGACGGGGGCCCGAUGCCGUACCAGGCCUCGUACGUGGAGCCUCGCGCCAGCCCCCAGACCUCCACCCCGCCCAGCAGCACCACAGAGGAGAAGAGGGUCAUCGUGCCAGCAGAUCCGGAGGUGUGGACACAGGACCACGUGCGACAGUGGCUGGACUGGGCCAUCAAGGAGUACGUCCUGGAGGAGGUGGACGUCAUGCUCUUCCAGGCCCUGGACGGCAAGGCCCUGUGCAAGAUGACCAAGGACGACAUGAUGCGUCUCACGUCGGCCUACAACGCAGACAUGCUGCUGUCACACCUCAAUUACCUCCGGCAGAGUAGCCCGACUUUCUCCUACCCCACAACUCCCACCAACAACACCCCCCCACAGCAACCCAGACUACAGGUGAAAGCAGAAAGCGGGUUUGAUGAGAUCAGCCGCAGAAACAGCUGGCCAGCAAACACCAUGGCAGCAGUGCCUAAAGGUUCCUCCAUGGAGCACCAGCACGGCACAAGAGUUACAGACCCAGCUCCAAGAAUCGUGCAAGACCCAUAUCAGACACUAGGGCCCAUCAGCAGUAGACUAGCCAACCCAGAAGGCCAAGCCCUCAGCUCAUCCAAGAACCGAACGGGCAAACAAAGUCCGUACAAGCUCCCUGACCCCAGCGCUCACAGGCCUGUGGGUUCAGGGCAGAUCCAGUUGUGGCAGUUCCUGCUGGAGCUGCUGUCCGACAGCAACAACGCCGGCAUCAUCACCUGGGAGGGCACCAACGGCGAGUUCAAGAUGACCGACCCCGACGAGGUGGCCAAGCGCUGGGGCGAGCGCAAGAGCAAGCCCAACAUGAACUACGACAAGCUGAGCCGCGCCCUGCGCUACUACUACGACAAGAACAUCAUGACCAAGGUGCACGGCAAGCGCUACGCCUACAAGUUCGACUUCCAGGGCAUCUCGCAGGCGCACCAGAACCACGGGGCCGACGGCGGGAUUAAGUACCAGACUGAGAUGUCUUACGUCCAGCCCUACCACAGCCACCAGCCCAAAAUGAACUUCAUGGGGGGACACCCUGCACCUAUGCCCGUCUCCCCAGGCAACUUUUUUGCCCCCCCGUCCACGUACUGGAACUCCCCCAACAGCCCCAUCUAUCCUGGGUCAGCCAUGACCAGACAUCCCGCCACCCACUCCCACCUGAGCUCGUACUACUGAGGACCGGGCGGUUCACACCUGACAGGGACAACAUGGCAGAGGACAACACGUGCACGUCUUCCAGGAUGAGCUGAACCCCGUCUGAAAUGAAGGUGAUAUGACGCUGCGGUCCGCUUGAUGAGGGCAUUAGGAAGUUGUCUUGGUCACACUCUAUGUUGAAAAUGGGCAAAACACGAAAAGUAAAUUAAUUCUGUGAUGAAUGUAAAGGAUUAAUAUCGUUCUCCUCGCCGAGUUUUCUUUUCUGAAUACACUGAAGACAAUAUAUUAACGGUUAUACAGUUGUUAUGAUACCAAGUUUUUUUUUUAUUUGUACAUUGAUAGUAAACUGUUGUAAAGACACAAGUCGAACCCUUUACUGUGUGAGUAGCACAAUGGAUAGCAUACCUGCAGUUUUCACAUUCAAUGUGACUGACAUUUGUAAAAGAGAAGUUGUACAGAAUGAUUCUCAUGUAGCGAUGUAACAUUUACUCUUGAUGUAAAGCUAAUAAAUAAUGCUUGUACUUGGAA